AUGAGUGCAAAGCUCCCCUUCCAAAAGAAAGCUGGUUUUCGACCGCAAUUCAAUCGCAACAACAAAUUCGGCUUCGGCGAUGACGACGAUGACCAGGAUGAGCAAGAUCAAGUGUCGAUGGUCACCGGCUUUGAAGAUAACAAGUUGCAAGAGUUGAAUGACAAGCCCGAGGAGAAACCUUUGACGAUUACACCCGUCUUUAGCGAGAAUUGGCGUACCAAACGGCGGAAGCUCUUUGUUCCUACCGGUGCAGCAACUCAAUCAUCGACACAGUCCGAGCAAACACCUGAAGUGCUUGGGCAACAAAAUCAGACAUUUGGCCUUCAAGUCCAAAGCAGCAGAUCAACAACAACGACAUCCACAGAUGAUCAUCAAACAUCAACACAAGCCACGGCAGAUACCACAGUGCAGGAGGAUACAGUAGUGGAGGAAGAACGAGUGAAAACCCUUGAUGAACAAGCUGCUGAAGCAUUGAUGAAGGAGGCAACACAAGAUGAGGAUGAAAUUGCUGAGCGUAUCGUGAUUCCAGCAGAUGAGACCGAAGCCUUCCGUGAAGAUGUGAAAACACGACCCGAUGAAGCUACCAUGGAGGAUUAUGAACGUGUGCCAGUUGAACAAUUUGGUGCGGCAUUACUACGUGGAUUGGGAUGGAAAGAAGGCGAAGGCAUUGGUCGAAAUAGAAAAAACACACCUUUACCAAAGCCAUUCGAACCUGCCAAGCAACGAGAAGCAUUACUUGGUCUUGGAGCCAAACCAGAAGAUGUGACCAAUGGCAAAAAGAAGGAUAGGCGCAGUGCGUAUGUAUACAAGGAGACCAGCUUGUUCAAAAAGGUGGCAAAAAGAAAUUUGGAAGAACGUGAAGGUGGCGGUGGUGGUGGCAGCAGCGACACAAGUGAGAAUGAUUCAAGAAGCAGUUCACGAAACAGCAGCAAAAGCCGUCAUCGUAGUCGAAGCCGUAGCCCAGGUCGCAGUAGUAGCAGUCGCCAUAGCAGCAAGAGUCGUCGUCGUAGUCGAAGCCGAGAUCGCCAUAGCAACAGUGGCAGCAGCAGUCGUCAUAGCAGCCGUCAUUCAAGCCGUGACAGGGAUAGCAGCAGUCGUCGACGGAGGCGAUCACGCUCUAGAGACUCCCAUCGUUCUAGUCGACGUUAA